AUGGAUUCCAACAUAGAUCUCUUGGAGAAUGAAUAUGAUGAGGUAGGAGUUGCUAAUAAGCAACUCCUCAAUGAAACCAGUGAAGAACCUAAGGUCAGAAUGACAUUCUCAUAUGAAGAUGAAGUUCAAUCUUACAAUAUGAUGUAUGUCAAGCAAAAGGGGGUUGGAGUGCAUAGAACGAAUUCUAAACAAGGAGAAGAUGGGAGUGUUAGAUGGUUUACCUUGGUAUGUGCGCGUCCAAGCACAUCAAAUGGUAAGGCUGCCAAUGUUCUCAAGCCAAGACAAACAGAGAAGUUAGGGUGUAUGGCUAGGAUUAAUGCGACUUUGAAUGAUGAAGGCGGAUAUUCCCUAACUAGCGUAAACUUGGAGCACACACACAUUUGUAGUACAGGAAAGGCAAGACAUUUCAAAUGCUUUAAAAAUGUUGAUGCAUGUGUGACUAAGAGGUUUGAAAUAAAUGAUGAGGCAAGAAUACGAACGGUGAAAUAUUUCAAGUCUCUACUUGUUGAAGCGGGUGGUUACAAGAAUGUGCCAUUUGAAGAGAAGGAGUAUCGAAACUAUAUUAACAAAGCUCAAAAACUUUGCCUCGGGGUUGGAGGUGUUGAAACUCUACUUAACUACUUUUGA